AUGUUGCUACACCACGCCGCUCGACCUGGAAUUCCGUAUUCUCAAAUAGAGCAGUCUCUCAACGAGUUUCCUGAAGAGCUGAUCUCUGCGUACGAGACAUCCCUCGAUGGGCAGGCCAAGUCACGCAAGUUUGGCGAGGUUCAGCUGGAGCGUCGGAGGCAGGUCUUCGUAUUCCUUGUCGCUGCGCAAACGUCGGUAACACUCGAGAUGAUCACUGCCGCGCUCGACUUCGCCCCAGAACACUCUGCCGAGCACAUCUACACUUUGUGUCGACCUUUGGUGACCAUCACGGGAGAAAAGGAGAGACAUAACAAUGGGCCCGUCAACAACGAGACUGUGACCAUCAAGAAGGAGAACGACGGGUUCUACAAUUAUGCGGCGCAGUUCUGGUCCAUCCAUCUGGCAAAGGUGAUGAAGCCGCCACCAGAGCUCGUGCAGCUGGCCGGCAACUUCCUCCGGAUGAGGCAGUUUGUGUAUUGGAGCGAGUACCGGACUCAGCAAGACGACGACUUCACAGGAAUCGGUAGUUCACGCAGCCGGCUCGGCGAGUUUGAGAAACGGCUACCGGAUACCGAUCAGCGUACGCUGGGGCUGGAGGACUUUUUCGUCAUGCCAUAUCGGGAUUUGGCCGACGCCUACCGCGAGAGGCAGGAGAAGGACAAAGUCCUGCAGUGGCUCGCGCUGAGGCAGCUUGGCUUCUGGUACUUCUUCAACGCAGUCGUCGACAAAAUGGCAGAUGUCCGCGAAAGGGUCGCGAAGGGCCUAACCGAGAUCCUGGGCGCGGAGCACCCCCUGACCCUCAGGGCCCGGUCCGAGGUUGCGUUUGCCUACAUCUCCCUAGACGAGUUCGAGAAGGCGUACGCCGCCUACUCGGAGGUGGCAGAGGUCCAGCGCAGGGUCCUGCACGGCGACAAUAGGAGGGAACUGUACACCACGCUCAUGCACAGGGGGCAGGCCGAGUACUUCCUGACGCACUUCUCCAGGUCCUCGCGCACGCAGGAGGAGGCGGUCCACGGGUUCCUCCAGGUCGGCGGCCCUACCAGCCACGGCUACCUCUCCACCCGCAUGUGGCAGGCCUGCACACUGCUCCAGAGAGGGUUCGUGGACGAGAGCCUCGAGAUCAUGGAGGCGGUGCACAAGACGCGCAAGAACAGAUUCGGCGACGACGACGGGUUCGCCGUCUACGUCGAGCAGCACCUCGGCACCAUCUACCGGCAGCUGGGCCGCCGCGCCCGGGCCGUCGCCGUGCUCGAGCACUCGCUGGCGACACGCAAGGGGGGCUGCAGCCCCGGAAGCAACCUCGUCAUCGACGCGGAGCUGUCGCUCGCCGUCGCGUACCGCGAGUUUGGAGAGCUGGGGGCAGCGUCGCGGAUCCUGGCCCAGGUCAAGGAGCACCUGCGACGCGAGGACGGCACCAUACGGUACUUUGAGGAAUACUGCCAGUACGUCCACGUGGACGCGCUAGUGCAGUUCGAGGACGGCGAGCGCGAGAUUACAGAGCAGGUGUUGCAUGCGUUCGUGCUUGGCACGGACCGCGAGAAGGAAAACCGCGCGCUCCUUUGGGCGCGCCUGGACUUGGCCGACAUGAUGCGCGCCCGCGGCGAGAAAGACGAGGCGCUCGCGCUUUUUGGGGGCCUCGUCAAGCCUCUUGUGCCCCUCCUCAUCCCCGCUCUCGCGGACACCUUUGACGAUAACACGGCCGUUGCCGGCCCAAACCGGCAAGACCACGAGACCAGCAGCAGCAGCGAUCCCCUGUCUUCUACCGACGACGACGGCAGCCACAAAGUCGAGUACAUAGACGAGCUGGACUACGACUCGGGCGAGGAGCUGGAGUCGCCUUCCGUGCUCGCCAUCGCCGAGGACGCGCUGAAACUGGUGCGGGACCGCAAGAAGAAGAAGGCGAAGCAACUCCUGAGCAGGAACGGGCUGGAGUGGGCGCGCCCCAAGGACCUGUGGCUGUGGCACGGGGUGCCUCCGGCGGAUACGGGGAGCAUCAGGAGGCUUUCUACCGAGUAA